UGGUAGUUAUUUGAGCGGCGGCGGCGGCCGGAGGAGGUGGAGAUCGGCGGUGGGGACGGCGGCGGCGGCGGGAGCAGCGAAGGGGCGGCAGGGAUUCUCGGGGCUGUCGGCUGGGGAGGCGUGGGAGACCCGGUGUGUGGCGCGCCCGGAGCCCCGCGUUUCAGCCCCAGGGAAGGAAGCCAGUUGAGGGAAAUUCUCCAUGAAUGUACGUCACAAUGAUGAUGACCGACCAGAUCCCUCUGGAACUGCCACCGUUGCUGAACGGAGAGGUUGCCAUGAUGCCUCACUUGGUGAAUGGAGAUGCGGCUCAGCAGGUUAUUCUCGUUCAAGUUAAUCCAGGUGAGACUUUCACAAUAAGAGCGGAGGAUGGAACACUGCAGUGCAUUCAAGGACCUGCUGAAGUUCCCAUGAUGUCACCCAAUGGAUCCAUUCCUCCCAUCCAUGUGCCUCCAGGUUAUAUUUCACAGGUGAUUGAAGACAACACUGGAGUCCGCCGGGUGGUGGUCACACCCCAGUCUCCUGAGUGUUACCCCCCAAGCUACCCCUCGGCCAUGUCUCCAACCCAUCAUCUACCCCCCUACCUGACUCACCACCCGCAUUUCAUCCAUAACUCACACACAGCAUACUACCCGCCUGUGACUGGACCUGGAGAUAUGCCGCCUCAGUUCUUCCCUCAGCAUCACCUUCCUCCCACAAUAUACAGCGAGCAAGAAAUUAUACCACUCUAUGGAAUGUCGAGUUACAUCACCCGAGAAGACCAGUAUAGCAAACCUCCGCACAAAAAGCUGAAAGACCGCCAGAUUGACCGCCAGAAUCGCCUCAACAGCCCUCCUUCUUCAAUCUACAAGAGCAACUGCACCACCGUGUACAAUGGCUAUGGCAAGGGCCACAGCGGUGGCGGUGGUGGAGGCGGGGGAGGCGGCAGCGGCGGUGGGCCGGGCAUUAAGAAAACAGAGCGGCGAGCAAGAAGCAGUCCAAAGUCAAAUGAUGCAGACUUGCAAGAGUAUGAGCUGGAAGUAAAGAGGGUGCAAGACAUUCUUUCGGGAAUAGAGAAGCCACAGGUUUCUAAUAUUCAGGCAAGAACAGUUGUGUUGUCCUGGACGCCCCCUGUUGGACUUUCGUGUGGACCCCACAGUGGUCUUUCCUUUCCCUACAGUUAUGAGGUGGCUUUGUCAGACAAAGGACGAGAUGGAAAAUACAAGAUAAUUUACAGUGGAGAAGAAUUAGAAUGUAACCUGAAAGAUCUUAGGCCAGCAACUGAUUAUCAUGUGAGGGUAUACGCUAUGUACAAUUCCGUAAAGGGUUCCUGCUCUGAGCCGGUUAGCUUCACCACCCACAGCUGUGCACCUGAGUGUCCCUUCCCACCUAAGCUGGCACAUAGGAGCAAAAGUUCACUAACCUUGCAGUGGAAGGCACCAAUUGACAAUGGUUCAAAAAUCACCAACUACCUUUUAGAGUGGGAUGAGGGAAAAAGAAACAGUGGUUUCAGACAGUGCUUCUUUGGGAGCCAGAAGCACUGCAAGUUGACAAAGCUGUGUCCAGCCAUGGGGUACACGUUCCGGCUGGCUGCUCGGAAUGACAUUGGCACCAGCGGGUAUAGCCAAGAGGUGGUGUGCUACACGUUAGGAAACAUUCCUCAGAUGCCCUCGGCACCGAGACUCGUUCGAGCUGGGGUCACAUGGGUCACACUGCAGUGGAGUAAACCAGAAGGCUGCUCACCUGAGGAAGUGGUCACCUACACCUUGGAAAUCCAGGAGGACGAGAAUGAUAACCUUUUCCACCCAAAAUACACUGGAGAGGAUUUAACCUGUACUGUGAAAAAUCUCAAAAGAAGCACACAGUAUAAAUUCAGGCUGACUGCUUCUAAUAUGGAAGGGAAAAGCUGCCCAAGUGAAGUUUUGGUUUGUACAACGAGUCCAGACAGGCCUGGACCACCUACAAGACCCCUCAUUAAAGGACCAGUUAUGUCUCAUGGCUUUAGUGUCAAAUGGGACCCUCCAAAGGACAGUGGUGGUUCAGAAAUACUCAAGUACUUGCUGGAGAUUACUGAUGGAAAUUCUGAAGCGAGUCAGUGGGAAGUGGCCUACAGUGGGUCGGCUACAGAGUACACUUUCACCCACUUGAAACCAGGCACUUUGUACAAACUCCGAGCAUGCUGCAUAAGUACUGGUGGACACAGUCAGUGUUCUGAAAGUCUCCCUGUUCGCACACUAAGCAUUGCACCAGGUCAGUGUCGCCCACCGAGGGUUUUGGGUAGACCAAAGCACAAAGAAGUCCACUUAGAGUGGGACGUUCCUGCCUCUGAAAGUGGCUGUGAGGUCUCGGAGUAUAGCGUGGAGAUGACAGAACCGGAGGAUGUAGCUUCGGAGGUGUACCAUGGGCCGGAGCUCGAGUGCACCGUGGGCAACCUGCUUCCAGGAACCGUGUACCGCUUCAGGGUGCGGGCUCUGAAUGACGGAGGGUAUGGUCCCUAUUCUGAUGUCUCAGAAAUUACCACUGCUGCAGGGCCUCCUGGACAGUGCAAAGCACCUUGUAUCUCUUUUACGCCUGAUGGAUGUGUCCUAGUGAGCUGGGAGAGUCCUGAAAGCUCUGGUGCCGACAUCUCAGAGUACAGGUUGGAGUGGGGAGAAGAUGAAGAAUCCUUAGAACUCGUUUAUCAUGGGACAGACACCGGCUUCGAAAUGAGGGACCUGUUACCUGCUGCACAGUAUUGCUGUCGAUUACAGGCUGUUAAUCAAGCUGGAGCAGGACCGUCCAGUGAGCUUGUCCUUUGCCAGACACCAGCAUCUGCCCCUGACCCUGUCUCCACUCUGUGUGUCCUGGAGGAGGAGACCCUCAAUGCCUAUCCCGAUUCGCCUUCUGUGUGCCUUGUACUGAACUGGGAAGAGCCGUGCAAUAAUGGAUCUGAAAUCCUUGCCUACAACAUAGAUCUUGGAGAUACUAGCGUCACGGUGGGCAAUACCACCACCCACGUUAUGAAAGACCUCCUUCCGGAAACCACCUACCGGAUCAGAAUUCAGGCCAUAAAUGAAAUUGGAGCUGGACCAUUUAGUCAGUUCAUUAAAGCAAAAACUCGGCCAUUACCACCCUUGCCUCCUAGGCUCGAAUGUGCUGCUGCGGGGCCUCAGAGCCUGAAGCUGAAAUGGGGAGACAGUAACGCCAAGACGCACGCUGCUGAUGACAUGGUGUACACGCUGCAGCUGGAGGACAGAAACAAGAGAAUUUGAGUUGAUGCUGACUCUCAUCCUGACCCUGUGGGACCCUGUUCCUGAUGAUUGUACACAGCGCUGAGGCAAGAGGAACUUAAGUUCCAGGAAUGCAUUUAUGGUUAAUCUGUUGUUCAGGUUACUCAGACAGCCAAUGGAUUUUAAAGCAAGGCUCCAGCCAAGUGGGGAUUGGGGAGAGGGCUCUAACAGAAUUGGAUAAUUGCCGCUUGCUCUCCAUUUAAAUCAGCCCUUGUGCCCAUGACACUUUUCCCUUUAGCCAGCAAAAUUGGCGGGGGCAGGUGGGGGGGGGGGGCUUGUAAUGUGUGCAGUAUAACUGCCAGUUCACUGUUAGAGAGGGACAAAAAGUAACCUGCAUGAAGAAACCGUAAAAAAAUACACACUAGGCAACAAAUAAAAGUGGCCACAGUAUAUGAGCACUCCGGGAGUGAGUGCACGCCUAUUAUAGAACAAACUCCUGCUUGUAUUUCUCAGAGAAUAUUGUUGAAUUAAAUGAAAUAGAUGUUAACUAACUCAGGGCCUACAAAAGACCCUUGGUGUUCAUUUCCUUUUGCUUCUCUGGAUCAGUCUCCAAUUCACAUGACCAUCCUUGCUGGGUAAAUGGCAUUUUUAUAACCCUCAAUCACCGGAAGGCAGUUGUAGUUCUGGACAGGGAUGUCAAUUCUCUGUUGUAAUCCCACAUCCGUUACUGAAUUUCUAAAUGACUAGAGGCAUAUCCCUUAACUUCUUUUUGCCUUAGUUUCUCCAUUUACAAAAUGAAGCUAGUGAUACCUGUCUUCAGUCCCUGACUGAUGGGGGGGAAAAAAGAAUUUUUAUUUCUUUAAAAGGGAGCAUAAAAAUUCAUCAUGCAAAAUGUAAAGUAUUACUAGUUUAUUUUGUUUCAGUGUUCUAAGCACAACCUGAGGUGACGGGUAAUAAAUGAACUAUUUGAGAUCUUACUUGCACCAGAAGUAGAAUUCAGACUACAGUUUUUUCUUCUAUUUAAGAAUCAAAUUUCUAUUUAAAAAAUAAGUACCAGAGUGGAAGUAGAUAGCAUUUUCCGUUCCAUUUUUUCCUAAAUGAGGUAAGAUUGAGGCAAAGCCACUAAAAUAAAAGUAGAUUAAUAAAAAUCUGGAAGACUGAGAAUAUGCUUGAAGAUGAGAUUCCCUGCACAUAUUAGAAAGCAAAAUAAAAGAAUCGAGUUUCAAAGUUCUCAGGUGGUCCUUAGAGACUCUAGUCAUCCUUGCUUUGAGUAUAAGUAAAUUUCUUUUUUGAUAUAUAUCAAGUGCAGUGUGGACAAAAAAAAAAAAAGAUGAAAACAGGAAUCUUAUUCUAUGUACAGAAUUUCUUCAGUAGCUAUAGUGACAUUUUAUUUCUUAGAAAAGAAGCAUAACCAAAAUGUAUUGCAGUCUGGUUACUCAUAAGCCAAAAGGUCCAUGUGGAGCUGGGAACAUGGGGAUUAGGAAAUUAAUGCCUUUCCUCAUUGGUCUUUUGGAAAUCACUUUUGGCACUUGAGUGUUCAGUCUCCAAACUGGUACUCUCAGCAACAUAAGAACCAGUUUAGGAAAAGAACCUUCCUUGCCUCAGAUGCCCCUACUUGGUGCCACCUGCUGCCAUCUGCUUCUGCAUAGAAAUGGCGGGACUCUCUGUUCUUGGUGGAGUGAGGGCACAUGCUCUUCAUUCCUGUUUUGAACAUCCUCCAUCCCGAAGAUAACUUCAGUAAUGUAGGGAAUGCACACACACACACACACACACACACACACACACACACACACACAAUCCAGAGAAAUUAAGAAAAAAUGAAGGUAAUGACAUGGCAUUGCUAAGAAAUAUAGCUACAUUGAGCUUACUAGCACCUGUUAAUUUGUGAUAUUUCGAAAUUGCCAGUUGCAGUCAUUUGUGGACCACAGGCCAUUUUAGGUCAGCAGGUUAGAUCAUUUUGAGUUCAUAUUAAUGGGCUGCUGUUAGCUUUCAGUGUGCUGAUAGCAACAAGAAAGUAAACACAGAAACCUCAGGAUUACCUGUUUUCUACUAUGAACUUGUUAUAUGCCAUCCAGAGAAUUAUUGGAUUUUUUUAAACAAAAUUGUUUUAAGGAAACAUAUUUUAAAAUUAAAUUAUUUGUAUAUCAUUUUCCUCUGAAAUGAUUUAAAAUAAGCACAUAAAAAUGUAAUAUGUCUGAAUUUUUUCUGUCAGUUGCACUUUGGUGCAAAAAAGUCAUCUUUUGCAAUAUUAAAGUCUAAAAUGCUGAGGUUGAAAGAAAUCUUUGAAAAUGUCAAAAAUCUGUUGUUUUGCCUUCGUAAUAUAUAUUUAAUAACAAAUCAUAUAAUUUUCUUGGUCCUUUCAUUUGGAUCUCAAAUUCCAAAUUCCUGAGAGGUGAAUAAGACAGUUGUUAUCCCAAGUGUCUAGAAGCAGACUGGAGAGUUUUGACUUGUUCAUCAUGAUGGUAAUGGGCUCUGCAUUGUGGCCAAGGUCUUUGUACCUCUUCAUAUCUACCUUGGAGUACUCAGGCAAGCAGAAUAGAGGCAUAUUCAUUCUGUAUUUUUAAAUAUGUAAAAUGUUUUUUUCAAUCAGUGCUAAAUUACCACACCACGGAUGUGUGUGUGGUCAUCAGAGUGUUUAGUUUGAAGAAGACGUUAUAGUCAAAGCUGAAGCCAGUUGGGGGCAGAGCCAUAAAGAAUUUAUUUAAACCGUGAACUCCCAGUGACCCACCAAACCUGCCAUGUUCAUGUUUCCCCUUCCAAGUAAGAAUCUGUUUUCGUACAUGAGAGCAUUUCUUUGUUUUUCCUUUCCCUAAGUAAAAAUGCCCAAAUUUCCAUUAAUGGCCAGCAUUUCUGUAGCAUCCGCUGCUCCGUUUUCAACUGUUUUCAUCAGCGAUUCUCAGCCUGGCUUCCCCAGGACAGGGUGGAUGGUAUUUACAUGCAGUUUUCCCACCAGCUCCAGGAAGCCUAAGGGAUGUGGGUGAGGGGGGUGCCCUCCAGACUUCUCCAGUGUUGAGAAAGGUAAAUCAUCCAUGAACCUUGCUGCUUUGUUAUUAAUAGUAUUAUAAACAAUAACCACUAAUAUUUAUCAAGCACUCACAGGUGCCAGGCAAUUUGUAAUGAGUUCUCUCUGCACUUUCCCAUUUAAUUCUCAUAACAACCCUCUGAGGGGGUUGGCACUACUGUAGUACCCAUUUUACACAGGAGAAGACCGUUUACUUGGCUUACAUCGGUGAAGAUCAUCAGGCUGUUGAACUCAAACUCAAGUCUGUCUACAAAGAUUGUUAUUACCCAUUGUGCCUUCAGCCCCUGCACCAGUGGGGGAGCACCACAGUGGAGCCCCAAGGUGUUUCCAUAUCAGUCCUCUUACUUGGCCUUCACAGGAACCCUAGGUCAUGGGACUGAUGCUUCCAAAGGUACAUGGCCAUGGGCAUCGGGGGCUGAGGAUGGAGCAGAAGACCUCUCCGAGGCACUGCCAGUGUAAGCCCAGGGCUCCAGGAAGACCUUUAAGGAGCUGUGAUAUCACCAGGGGUCCCUGUGGCCUGAACUGAUACUAAAAUUACUCAGUGACUUUAUUGAGCAUGAACUACAUUCUAGAAAUCAUGCCACCUGUUAUGUAUGUAAAUGUGUGUGUGUAUAUUAUAUCAUUGUGUUUCUGUAGCACAGAAGCAUUCAUGUGAUAUAAGAAGCAGUGCAAAUUUCAUGCCAACUCCCUGGUUACCAUUUGGGGGGGCGGGGGGAUGGUGAGUGUUAUAUGUCUAGCACAAGCCGUAACAGAUGCAGCCGAGCAUCACAAGUUCAGAUGGACCUCUUCCUGCUGGGGCAGGAACUGGUAGUAGCCCCAGCAACCUGGAGAAUAGCCUGUGUGGUGGGAGUUGAGAGCCACAGUGGUCCUCAGGGUACCUUGCCCUGACUGGGAUGGUUGGUGGCACUCAUGGUACAGGAUCUGGAGCCACUGGGCUCCUUGUGUUUAACUCUUACUGUAGGGCUCAGUGCUAAGCUUUUUACCCACAUUUCCACAGUUGACUCUCAGAACAACCUAUUAGGUGGAUACUGUCCCUGUUUUGCAGAUGGAGAAAUAAGAUGAACAGGGGCAAAUGGUUUGGCAGUAAGGGGCAGGGCUGAGACUCGUGGCUAGUCUUCCUGGGUCCAAGUCCCCUGCCCCUUCCCUUGAGACCAACAGUGGGGGGUGAGGGGGAGGGGAGAAGUGAAGGGUGGCCCAGUCUUCACUGGGCAGUGCAGACCAACAUAUGCCCCAGGGGAACGUGGGCUCCCCACAUAGUGCAUCCCUUGUCAGAGGAUUGAGGUCUUAGUUUCAGCAGCUCCUGCUGGUGAGGUCAGCACUCCAGCUGCUCUAGGUCCUCCCCCGUCCCCGAUGAUUUCUUCUCAUGGCAGAGAUCUUUCCUAGGGCUUCGGGUGGUGCCUUGUGACAUGAUAUGGAUCAGGUCCUUCUAGACGACAGGAGGGCCUCUGGCUGUGGCUCACGUUCCAGGGCUGGUGGUGCAUGCACACGUGGGAUCCCAACACUGAGCCUGAACACUCUAAACAUAAGGCAGGGAGGUGCCAUCAGGACAACCGGACGGCUGCUGUCCUCCUCUUCACGGCAAAGCCUCACUCUGAGUCCUUGGUUGUUGUAAAAUGUGGAGUCUUCGAUCACUGUGUCUUGGGAUGUGUAGCAUGUUUAAUUCUAUCACCAAAGGCCUCUGGCUUACUUAUUAAUGGAUUUUAAAAAUAAGUUGGUCUUGGUAAAACAAAUAUUUGAAGAAUAUUUUUAAUCUCUCCCUGAGUGGUUCUAGCCACAGGGUGUUAACCUAGGGAGCCUCCCAGAGAGGCCACCAUGCAACUGGCUGUAAAUCACUGGCUCUGAAGAAGGUUCUUUCUUCUCCUGCCUCUUGGAGUGAUAUAGAAAAUACAGAAUUGGGGUGAAAGAGGGAUUGUUUUGUGUGUGUGUUGGCUUGUGUUCUUUUGUUUUGGUUGGCCUUUGUUGUUUGAAAGAGAAGUCACUGUCAGCACAUACAGAAAGCUUAGGAUCAACAGAUACUUACUUGAGGCCUACUCUGUAGGGACUGGGGCUCUCCCGCCACCUUGGGAGGAAGGUGCUCUUGCCCACACUUCACUAACCUGUCUGGUGGGUGAGAGUAAACGACCAGUGUGUGCAGGGCAGCCUCUCCCCACGCAGCUGAGCCUCCACCCAGGAGGAAAGAAAGUACCCUCAGGGUUAGCUGUCUUCUCAGCAUUACAAAAUGACUGUAACACACACUGCGCGGUUAUUACCUGUCCAGAUCAUGGACACUCUCCUUGUAGUAACCCAUUUAAACCUCACAACAGCUCAUGAGGUAGGUUCUGCCAUUAGCUUCAUUGCACUGUCUGUCCCUCGAUGCAAACAAGCACCCUAAUGGCAAAGUUGUAAAGGUUUUCAUUUCCAUUACCUGUUCCGUAUGCUUUUUCUAAAUUGGCUGCAAUUUUAAAAGAUUAAUAAAAUGCUGUGGUACACCAGCAAAACAAGAAAAAGGAACAAAAUAGCUAUUCUAAAACUAGCAGAUUUUGAUGAAUUUGAAAAUUGAAAUAUUAGAAAAUAUGCCAUUUGCUCAGUUUAGAUUAUAUUACAGAAUUAGAGUACUGACUCUGCUUCAGUAAAUUUCUUUGUGAAUGCAAGCGCUGCUGCCUAUGUAGAUUUAUUGAACUUAUUUCAAAAGAAAACACCCUCCUCAGAGCCAGGAAUGGGCAGAGAAGCAGUACUGCUGCUAGUCAUCCUCUCCAAACUCCUUUAAAAACCAGGCUGCAUUGCAAGUUUAUAGUGAAGAUGCAACACUUCUACCUCUUAAACUGUGACUUCCAUUUUGUGGUAUAAUUAAGGGCAAUUACUCCAGUUAGAGAUUCUAGCCUGAGUGAGGCUGAGUUAAUAAAUAGCUGUUUGCCUCUAGCAUUAGCAAGGGGUAUCUUCAUUAAGGUGGUGAUGUUGUUAGGUGCGCUAAGUAGGUUACCAUGGUAUUUGUGGGGUUCAGCCUGGACUCUGUCUCUUCCUGAAAUUAAAAAUGUUCAUUCUUCAGUAAAACGUGCUUCCUUACACAGCAAAGCAGAAGAAACAUUAAACAGGUGAAAUGAUUAGGGCUCAGGAACUCCACUGCAAAGGCUAAUGCAUGGAUACUUUAAGAUAAGUAUUAGCUGACAGGUUUUGUAAGAAAAAAAAAAAAAAAAAGCUGCUUAAUCUCUGUAUCUGUCCAUCCAUCCAUCUGGAGGGAAUGUUCUCUAGCACAUGGAAAAGCUGCUGCUGUCCUUCAGAAAACCCUGCUCACGCACCGUACCUACUAGUUCACAGGGAUUACGUCUAAUUAAUCUUUGAAUACACAGCUUGACACACAACAGAUGUUCAAGAAAUGUGUGCUAAAUGAAUGCAUAAAUUCUGCCUACCCUUAGGCCAUAUCAGUGUAAGAGACGUUUCCGCUGACUGACUUGGGGUAGGAUUUGAAGACAGUGCAUUGUCCCCAGGUGCUGGGACAAAGCACUGGAAAGAGGGAGAGACAAUUGGCCUGGGUAGGAACGAGGCAUUGUGAUUAGAUUAACUCACAUGGCAGUUCUCAGAGUGUCGUCAGGCCAGCAGAUUCAGGUUCCGAAUCUACUAAAGAUCCUGGAUAACUCUGGGAAGUUGUAUUAUUUCCACAGGUGUACGGUUAACUAUAGAAAGAAAAGUGGUCACGUUAUAUUGUAGUUCUAAGCAACCAGUUUCAUUGUGAAAUUUUUAAUUUUCUAUGACCCUGGGGAAAACACUUAAAAUGUAAGGCCUGUUUUUUUGUGUUUUUUUUUUUUCAUGUCUUCUAUGCCUGUGUCAUGGAAAAAUUAUUUAGCAGAAAAGUACAAAAUAGUCCUGAUUCAAAUGGAAGAAGGAUCCAUAAGCUGCCAGUCUAAACUGUCCAGCUCACCUGUGCUGUUUUUCUGUUAUUUUGAUUAGCCUGAUGGAUGAUUCUGAGCAAAAUUGUUCUUUUUUACAGAUUUCCUCAAAGAUGUGUAGUCCUAAAUGUCAUCUUUCCAGUUUGAGAAAGGGGCUUUGAAAGCUCUUGGGAAGAUAAAGGCUAAAAUUGAAAGGAUUUUCUAGUUAAACCUCAGUUAUUUAGAAAAUUCUGGUAAAGAGGACAUGGUAUUUCUCAGGUGCCCAGUUAACAUUAACUUCAUUGCCUAGUACAUCAGUUCAGUUCAGUUCAGUCGCUCAGUCGUGUCCGACUCUUUGCGACCCCAUGAAUCACAGCACCCCAGGCCUCCCUGUCCAUCACAAACGCCCAGAGUUCACCCAGACUCACGUCCAUCGAGUCAGUGAUGCCAUCCAGCCAUCUCAUCCUCUGCCGUCCCCUUCUCCUCCUGCCCCCAAUCCCUCCCAGCAUCAGAGUCUUUUGGUAAUUAACAUAUCAGAUUAUAUAGUAUUACCAUAUGAAAAAUCUGAAAUUUCUGUUUUUAUCAGUAAGUAAAAGCAUAAACUGAUGUUUCUAGAAUCUAUACCAUAAUUAAAGGGAUCUCAUUCUAAGCUUUA